AUGGAGGCCAUCAAGAAGAAGAUGCAAAUGUUGAAGGUCGACAAGGAAGACGCUCUUGACCGAGCUGAAUCCGCCGAAAACGCCAAGAAGGCCGCUGAAGAGAAGGCCGGCAAGGCCGAGGAAGAACUUCAGGCUCUUCUCAAGAAGCAGAAGGCUACGGAGGAAGAACUCAACUCCGCCAAAGAGCGACUCCAGAAGGUCCAGGACGAACUCAAGGCUGCUGAGAAGAAGGCUGCUGAUGCCGAGAACGAGGUCACUCACUGCAACAAGAAGAUCAUGACCAUGGAGGAAGAGCUCGACUCCGUUCAGGAGAAGCUCAACACUUCCAUCGUUAAGCUCGAUGAAGCCGAAAAGAAUGCCGAUGAGUCCGAGCGAGGCCGAAAGGUCAUCGAAGCUCGAGCCGCCAAGGACGAGGAGCGACUCAAGGACCAGGAGACCGCCCUCAAGGAGGCCAAGUCCGUCGCCGAGGAGGCUGACAAGAAGUACGAAGAAGUUGCCCGAAAGCUCGUCCUCGUCGAAACCGAUGUCGAGAAGGCCGAAGAGCGAGCUGAACUUGCCGAAACCCGAGCCAACGAACUCGAAGAAGAGCUCAAGGCCGUUGCCAACAACCUCAAAUCCCUCGAAGCUGCCGCCGAGAAGUACACCACCAAAGAAGCCCAGUACAUCGAGGAAGUCCGAUCUCUCGAAGAGAAACUCAAGGAUGCUGGUGAGCGAGCUGAUCACGCCGAAAAGUCCGUCACUGAGCUCGAAGCCACCAUCGAUGAGCUCGAGGACAAGCUCUACGCCGAGAAGCUCAAGAUCAAGCAGACUGUCGAAGACAUGGAUAACACUAUCCACGCCUCCGCUUUGUAA